UGUUAUAACGUGCAGAGUACAUAACAUUGACAUUUACUUAACCUUAGCGGUUGUGUGUUUUAUAUUUUUUUACUAACAAUUGAUUAAAUUAUAAUGCCGUGCCUUAAAAUAGUGACUAAUAUUUCGAAAACAAAUAUUCCUAAAGACUUUGUGUCCAAAAUAAUACCAGUCCUGGUUGAAGGUGUAAAAAAAGAUCCAAAAGUAUUCAUUUGCACAGUAGAAAGUGAUUGUCAAAUGUGCAUUGAUGGGAAUUCAACUCUACCUGGUGUCGUCGCAUCUCUAGAGUCAAUUGGAAAUUUAGGACCAGAUGAAAACAACCAAAUCGUAAAACUCUUAACAACUUUUAUCGAAAAAGAACUUGGAGUCCCACCUAGCAGAUUCUUUUUGACCUUCUACGAUCUCAAGUCUUACAAUGUCGGAAGAUGGGGUGUAACGAUUGAUACGUUGAAUGAAUGAAUGUGAAAAUACAACAACGCUAUGCAACGCUACGCUAACGCAAAGAAUUAAAAUAAUAAAUUCUAUAUAACCACAAACAUUUAGUUUUAAGCUCCUGUUGAAAUAUUAAAACAAUGACGCGUAACCAAAAAAA